GUCAGCUUAUCAACGCUUCGCAUAUCAUUUAGUCUCUGUCCGUCUGUUGCAGAACUCUGACAUGCUUCUCAUGCGUCUUGGAAUGCAUGCCAUCGUAAAAGUCCCAUCCUUAGUUUCCGAUCGCUGACUACAUAGCGGGUGAGGUCGAAGUCUGCCACAUCCAAACCCAGGACUCGGACAGUCUCGCCCUGAUAUCAGAAUGAUGUCCACAUCGCCAGCACCCUCGCCUACCAGGCUGAGACAGAUUGCCCUGAUCGCCGAAGACAUCGAACGAGCAAAGUACUUACUGACCACGAUUCUCGGCACGGAAGUCGUCUACAUAGAUCCACAAGUCGCACAAUGGGGCAUCAAGAACUUCCUAGUCGCCAUCGGCGGCGACAUCAUCGAAGUCUGCUCCCCCUUCCAACCCAACACCACAGUCGGUCGACUUCUCCAGAAACGAGGCGACGGCGGCUACAUGAUCAUCAUGCAGACUCUCGACGCCGCCGCCCGACGAACGCACAUCGAGUCCCAAGCUCUGGCCAAGGUCAUUUUCAGCCACUCGCAUGAUGGUGUGCAGUGUAUCCAAUAUCACCCAAAGGGCAUCGCAGGAGGCAUGAUGCCGGAACUGGACUCGCAUACGCCUUCGCCGAGCAAUCCGACUCCACUAGAGAGCACAUACAGCCCAUGGCAUGCAUGUGGACCCGAUUACGCCACCUAUUCCGCCGGUAUGAAGCGAUGCUCACAUCUGAGAUUGAUCGGUGCGUCGUGCCGUCUAGCGCCUGGACAAAGUGACACCGAAGCAGCCGCACUGCAGUGGCAGGAGUAUUUCGGUGUCAAACGGGAAGGUAGUGACUUGGUCUUCACGAACGCACGAUUGAAAUUUGUCCCAGGAGUGCAAGGACAAUCGGAGGGACUGGAGAGUAUUACGAUCGAAGUGGCAGGAAAAGAUCGAUUUGCGAAGAUGCUGGACAUUGUGAGCAAAGAGGGCCUCUGUGGUGACGGAUGGACCAACAUGCUGGGUGUCAAAUGGUAUUUCGUUCUCAGGCAGGAGAAUGUGGCACAGCGAGGAUCAAUGAGCAGCAAGCUGUAAGGCAUCAUUCAAGCAAAUCCAGAUGACAGUCACGUGUGAACAACGAGCGCUUUAUUCCUUUUGACAACCAACAGCCCAUCGUUGCCACAC